AACCACACUCGAUUACGCUAUCCGUGAUGAGGAAUUAAAAAAAUCAAUAACUUUCAGAUUUUUCAACGUAACAUUUUUACGUAAAUAAUCUGUGGUUUACAGCUUGUCACUCUGUUAUGUCAUCUGUCAUACGCUUCCAAGCUGUCACUGUCAGAUUGAAGAAACUGAAACGAAAUCGAACGAUACUCGGUUCCGUUGAAGUAAUUAAUAAUUGACUUAUCAGAAUUCAGAAUAGACGUUUCCUCGCUUUAUAGGCACGCUGUUCAAUGCUAAUUUUCAGUCUCGUUUAAACCGGCAAGGCGGUAAUUACUUGUAAAGUUAAACAGUAACAGCAAUUUAAUUUACGCAAGGAAAAUGGAAGACCUUAGUUUUAUCCCAGAUCUCCGUAGCGGGCCUCUGGAUGUUUAUAGAAAUACCGCAUCGUUUAACUGGAAACGCCUUAAACUGUCUUUGGAAGGAGAUCUCGAAUUGUUAAAACUUAAGUACAAAAUAUGGCACAUCUUAGAAAGGGAUCCGUUGUUCGCUCACAACCAAGUGACACCAUCGGUGGAAGAACAGAAGCGAUUAACUCAGCUUCAACUUAAAAAGAUUAACGAAUACAAGUUUGUUACCAAGGAAAUAUUCAAUUCUAGCUACAGUAAAAGGACUAGAGCAAUAAUGACGAUUAACGAAGCUGUACAGUCUCUGAAUCCCAGCGUCUCAGUCAAAAUGGCUAUCGGAAUUUAUCUGUUCUCCAACGCGCUACUCUCUCUGGGCACAGAACGACAUCACAAGUUCUACGAAGCUACAAUACUUAACAGAGAGAUCCUGGCGAGUUUCGCGCUGACUGAGAUCGCGCACGGCUCAGACGCGCGACUGAUGCGUACGACUGCGACGUACGACGCGACGAGGCGCGAGUUCGUCAUACACACACCAGACUUCGAGGCCGCUAAAUGCUGGGUUGGUAAUCUAGGCAGAACGUGCACGCACACACUGCUGUUCGCGCAGCUGAUCAUGCCCGAUGGCACCAACCAUGGGUUGCAUGGCUUCGUGGUGCCAAUUCGUGACCCUGACACCCUCGAGACGUACCCUGGCCUCGUGGUAGGGGACAUGGGUGAGAAGAUUGGCGUCAACGGUAUUGAUAACGGGUUCAUAAUGUUCAACCAGUAUCGGAUACCUCGUGAGAACUUGUUGAACAGAGCCGCAGACGUCACAGAAGACGGUCAAUACGUCAGUUCAUUCUCUGAUCCAUCCAAAAUACUUGGUGCUGCGUUAGAAAAUUUAUCAGCAGGUCGUAUCGGCAUAAUGCAGGAGAGCUGUCACUCGCUGGCGAGCGCGGUGGCGAUAGCGGUGCGGUACGCCGCCACGCGCACGCAGUUCGGCGAACAGGACAACGAGAUACCUCUCAUUGAGUAUGAUUUACAUCAAUGGCGUUUGUUCGGUUACGUGGCUGCGGCUGUGGUGUUCAGGAUAUACAUACACAGUUUUGCUCAUGUCUACCUCGAUAUUGUAGAGAAAUCGCAUAUGGGAGAACAAGUUGACAAUUUGAGCGAGGCGGUGUCGGAGAUCCACGCGAUGGUGUCGUGCAGCAAGCCGCUGCUGACGUGGACCACCAUGGAGGCAGCGCAGCAGUGCCGCGAGGCCUGCGGCGGACACGGAUAUCUUAAGCGCGCGAACCUGGGCGACAUCCGCAGCAACCACGAGCCGACGGUGACGUACGAGGGCGACAACAACGUGCUGCAGCAGCAGGCCGGCAACUGGCUGCUGCGCCAGUACGCGGCCGCGCGCGCCGGCGCCGCGCCCGCCUGCCCGCUCGCCUCCGCCGCCUUCCUGCGCAGCCACGCCGCGCUCGCCCGCGCCGCCUUCGCCCCGCGCACCACCGCCCACCUCAAGGACACGCAGUUUAUAAUGUCGACUUACAAAUGGCUGAUAUGUUACCUACUAAAGCAAACAUAUGAGAAAUACGAAUCAUUACUCGCUCAAGGCUUCACAAAGUUCCAAGCGAAGAACAAAUCUCAAGUAUACAGAUGGCGGAAUCUAACUAAAGCUUAUGCUGAAUAUUUAGCGUUGAUGUUCAGCUUGGAAGCUAUACAGAAGAAGGAGGAGGCGUUGCAGCCGGUGCUGAACAGGCUGGUGAUGCUGUACGGGCUGUGGUCGCUGGACGGCCAUCUGACGGAGCUGUACGAAGGUGGAUACUGCACCGGGCCUGCUGCAGCGCAGCUGCUGCGUGCGGCGCUGCUGGAGCUGUGUGGUGAGCUGAAGGGGGAUGUGGUGGGGGUGGUAGAUGCACUCGCCCCCACAGAUUUUGUACUCAACUCUGUGUUAGGCAACAGUGAUGGCAGAUUAUACCAGAACUUACAAAAGGCGUUAAUAAGUCACCCGGGAACAUUCGAGCGCGCGCGCUGGUGGCGGGAGGUGGUGCCCUCCGCUAAACUAUAAAUAUACAGAACACUAAGUUUAUAUUUUUUCACAUUAUUAAUUACACAGAACAUAAUUUUUUGUGUAACAGAAAUCAGUACCGAACCUCUGAGCCGACAAGAUACAUGAAUAGAACUAUACUUUAUGUUCAAAAUGUUGAAUUUAUGUGAAAAUGUCAUUACGAUAUGUUUUAUGUUUCCUAGAAUGCAUUUUGUAUAAUUUGUAUUGUUUUCCUAAGAUAUGUUGAAUUUUAAAAGUGACGGUUUAUGUUGUUUUGGAAAAUGUGACGCCAUCUAUUGGUAGGAAUUCGAAAAAAAAUAGGAAAUGGUUAUUUUGUAAAACGGAUUUUUGCAUAUUAAAUACAGAAUUGUAUUGCUAAAUGAUUAUAUAGUUCCUUAAAGUAUGUAAAAGUAAUUAAACCUAAAUAAAAUUAUACAUAACUGACAUAGAAAUAAGGUUAGAAUAUUAUAUAAAUGAAU